CGCGUGCGCCAUGUCUGGUUCCUCCAGCAUUGCCGCUAUGAAGAAAGUGGUUCAACAACUCCGGCUGGAGGCUGGGCUCAAUCGCGUGAAGGUUUCCCAGGCAGCUGCAGAUUUGAAACAAUUCUGUCUGCGGAAUGCUCAACAUGACCCCCUGCUGACUGGAGUAUCUUCAAGUACAAAUCCCUUCAGAUCUCAGAAAGUCUGUUCCUUUUUGUAGUAAAAUGAAUCUUUGCAAGGUUUUUAAACCACUUUUCAUAAACCGGUGAAUAUUCAAAGGAAAGCUAAAUCUGAAGCCUGUACAAAAGCCUGUCUCUAUAACAUGUGCCAUACUAUACGAA